AUGGUGACUAGUGGAAUUAUUACCUAUCUUGAGGUUGAUAAUACGAGAGAGUCUAAGGAUGAAGAUCAAAAUUUACCAAAAGAAAUCGAGCCAUAUUAUGAAGAAGAGAAGAGAUGGCUGUUGACCUGCUUCUAUGGGGAUCCUAAAACUGUAAAAAGACAGGAAUCUUGGAACCUUCUGAAAUCUUUCAAGCCCCAUUAUGAGACUGGAUGGUGCAUAGUGGGGGACUUUAAUGAGAUCCUCACUAAUGAUGAAAAAUGGGGAGGGAAUGAAAGGCCAGAAGGCCAAAUGAAAAAAUUCAGGGAGGUUAUGCAUGAGGGCAAUCUAUGUGAUCUUGGUUGGUAUGGUGAUAAGAAUUCAAAAUAUUUCCAUGCAUGUGCCAAUGAAAAAAGAAGAAAAAACUACAUAGGUUCAGUGUAUGAUGAGGGUAAUAGAAAAAGGGAAGGUUACAAGGAAGUAGAAGAAACAUUUCAAGGCUAUUUUCAGAAUCUGUUCCUAUCCUCAGAACCAAGCUGUACAGAUAUUGAGGAAUGUUUGAGGGGUCUGGGGAAAAGAGUUUCAUCAGAGAUGAAUGACUACUUGUUGAAGCCUUUCUCUAGGAUGGAGGUUGAAAAAGCUUUAAAGCAAAUGACCCCUCUAAAAGCCCCGGGUCCAGAUGGCUUUGGACCAUGUUUUUAUCAGAACCAUUGGAAGAUUGUUUCAGAGGAGGUAUGUAGCACUGCUUUGUCAUUUUUAAAUGGUAAACCUAUGGACCCUGCCCUCAAUUAUACUCACAUAGCCUUAAUUCCUAAAUGUAAAGAGCCAAAAAAAGCUAGUGAGUACAGACCAAUAGCCUUGUGUAAUGUGAUGUAUAAAAUAGUUUCCAAAACUAUAUCCAAUAGGUUCAAAAAAACCCUUUCAGCUAUAAUCUCCCCAACACAGAGUGCUUUCUUACCUGGAAGAUUGAUAAUUGAUAACAUAAUGGUGGCCUAUGAGCUACUGCAUUCCAUGAAAUCUAGGAAGAAAGGGAGGGUGGGAAGCAUGGCCAUAAAGUUGGACAUGUCAAAAGCAUAUGACCGUGUGGAGUGGGUUUUGUUAGAAGCUGUAAUGACUAAGCUGGGGUUUCGUGAAAGAUGGGUGAAGUUGAUUAUGAGUUGUGUAAGAACUGUAUCUUUUUCAGUAUUGAUUAAUGGGCAACCAGGGCUUAAGUUUUGGCCAGGGAGGGGGUUGAGACAAGGUGACCCUUUGUCACCCUAUCUUUUUAUCCUAUGUGCUGAAGGCUUGAGCAAUCUCUUGAAUGGCUAUGAGAUCCAGAAGCUAACAAAAGGAGUACAAGUGGCACGAGGGAGUAUAAGUAUCAAUCAUUUGCUGUUUGCAGAUGAUUGCAUUCUUUUUGGUAGAGCCAAGUUAGCUGACUGGUUUAACUUACAAGAAGUUUUAAAGAAGUAUGAGAGGGCCUCGGGUCAAUUUUUAAACAAAGAAAAGAACUCUAUUUUCUUUAGUAGCAAUACAAAGGAGGAGAACAAAAAGAUGAUUAAGGAGGCUAGCAACUCACUGGUUUGUGGCAAUUAUGAUAAAUACCUUGGCCUCCCUACUAUGAUUGGUAGAUCAAGCUUUAAAACUUUCAGAAUUUUAAAGGAAAUGAUAUGGAAAAAGAUUACAAGCUGGAAGAACAAUUUCUUAUCCCAAGCUGGGAAAGAAAUCAUGAUCAAAGCAGUACUACAGGCUAUCCCUACAUACACUAUGUCAGUCUUUCAACUCCCAAAGAAGCUAUGUCAAGAGAUUAACAUGCUGUAUUCAAGAUUCUGGUGGGGUAAACAGCAGGAAGGAAAAUCUGUGGUUUUCAAAGACAAAUAUUACAGGCAUUCAAGCUUCUUAGAGGCUAACUUGGGCUCAAAACCAUCAUCUAUUUGGAGAAGUUUCUGGAAUGCUAGAGCUCUUGUAAAAGAAGGUAUAAGGUGGAGAGUAGGAGAUGGCAGUAAAAUAAACAUAUGGGGUUCAAAGUGGUUACCAUGUCCUUCAUCCUAUACUAUACAGUCACCAGUUUCUAUUUUGCAGGAAGAUGCCAAAGUAGAGGAGCUGAUUAACAAGCAAAACGAAGAGUGGGAUGAAGCCAAAAUCAAAGCUAUCUUCAAACACGAGGAAGCCAUUCAAAUUCUGAAAAUACCUCUGAGCAAAGGCUUUGCACAUGAUAAAGUGAUAUGGAGUCCCUCAAAAAAGGGAGUUUUCACAGUUGGCAGUGCCUAUUUCUUGCAAAGGGAAAGAAUAAGGAGGAGAGUUGGUGAAUGCUCAAGGGAGGUACAAAAAGAUGAAAGUUGGAGAAGUAUAUGGAAUCUCACAGUGCCAAAUGCAACAAAAUUUUUCCUAUGGAAGGCUGGUAACAAUCUGUUGCCUACAAAAGAUAACUUGUUCAAAAGAAAGGUGGUAGAUGAGAACAGUUGCCCUUUAUGCAGCAGGGAGGUGGAAACAAAUAUGCACGUGCUGUGGGAAUGUUAUGCUGCAAAUGAUAUAUGGACAGAAGAUGGCAGUAGGGUACAGAAGUGGAAUAGAACUGAGACUGACUUCCUGAAGUUGUGGGAGAGCCUUAUGCAGAAACUGAACAUAGAUGAAUUGGAACUGAUGGCACUACUGACUCUCUCCUGGAGUUUAAGAAAGCCCAAUCCUUUCAAAACAAUCAUAAACAAGAGCAAAGUGAGGCAAGGGAGCUAUCAACAUGGAAAAAACCAGUUUGUCAAAGUAAAUUGGGAUGCAUCUCUAGACACUAAAGGUAGAAGAAUGAGAGUGGGCAUUAUAAUUAGAGAUAAUGAGGGAGAGGGAAUGGUUGCUGUUUGUGAUCAGAUAAGAAAUGUUGAAAAUCCUGUGGUGGCUGAAUGCUAUGGUUUGAGAUUGGCUGUGGAGUUGUGUUCUGAGCUGUAUAUUCAUGAUGCAACUUUUGAAGGUGAUGCCAAGAAUGUCAUCAUGGUUGUACAAAAGGAUGAAGAGGAGAUGUCUGAUUUCGGGUCUUUGAUAGAAGAUAUUAAGUUUUAUUUUAAUAGGAAUGCUGAUUGGCAUUUACAGUUUACAUUUAGAGAAAGUAAUACAGUGGCUCAUUGUUUAGCCAAAAAAGCAUUAAGUCUGUUAGAAAAGACUGUGUGA